GUAGCCGUCAGCAUGUCUUUCACAUAUCUCCUCUUGGCCGGGCUUCUGCUAGCCUUCACCGUAACAGCCUCACAAUAUUAUGGAGGAUCAAUGAGCUUCAACCCAAGAUUAAACUCUAAUGGAUCAUACGAGGUGGAACUACGCUACAAGACGGCCUACAAUGACUGUUCCCAAUAUAAUUACUGGUCCUGCAUGUCUGGAGACUGUGGAAAUGAGGUCAGUAAAGUGAUUGGUAGAGUAGAUUCGAGUUCCAAUGGAAACAACUGGUGUCAGUCUGAGGGAGUCGUAACAACGGCUUUAUCCACCAACAGCCCAUUUGAGUAAGCGACAAUGGGUUGCUGUUGGAUCAACGACAUAGCCGCAUACAUUGGAGACUGGGGUCUUUUUUCUUUCAUUGACCUUGGAGUGAGAUCCGACACUUUAGUGCCUAACAGAUCCCCAAUCUCCACCACCCUACCAUUUCUUAAAGUUCCUCAAAACUGUCCCAGGAGGUACAACCUUUUAGCCUUUGAUCCAGAUGACGACCAGGUCAGAUGCAGAUUUGGACUUCAACAAAACAAUGAGUGUGGAAUCUGCAACCAACCUGAUGGUUUCACCCUGAACCAGAAUAACUGCUCUCUGUCAUAUGGACAAACCCUGGUCCUUGGAGUUUAUUCAUUUGAGCUGGUACUGGAGGAUUUCCCCAUUCGCAAAAUUACUCUGUCCUACACCGACCAAACUUCAGUGGAAAGAUUUCCAAUCAGUUUCAUCAGAAACCGGCGCAAUGCCAAUGCAAAAUCACCAACAACAACAACAACAACAACAACGACGACGACGACACCCACAACAACACUUGCAACAAGUUCCACAAUAAUUACAACACCAACCACAACAACUAAAACAUCUACAACACCUGCAACAAGGUUCACACUGACUACAACACCAACCACAACACCUACAACAAGGUCCACACUGACUACAACACCAACUACAACACCUACAACAACACCUGCAACAAGGUCCACACUGACUACAACACCAACCACAACACCUACAACAACACCUGCAACAAGGUCCACACCGACUACAACACCAACCACAACACCUGCAACAAGUUCAACACUGACUACAACACCUACAACAACACCUGCCACAAGGUCCACUCUGACUACAACACCAACCUCAACAUCUACAACAACACCUGCAACAAGCUCCACACUGACUACAACACCAACCACAACAUCUACAACAACACCUGCAACAAGCUCCAUGCUGACUACAACACCUACAACAACACCCACAACAAUGUCUACAACACCUGAAACAUCACCAUCAACAUCUACAACAACAUCCACAAUAACAGCUUUAACAAUACCUUCAACAACGCUCACACCAGCACCUACAACAUUCACAAUUCCUAAAAUAACAUCAACACCUACAACAGUACCCACAACACCAGUACCCACAACAACCCCCACAAUAAUUCCUACUACAACACCCACACCUGCACCAACAACAACACCAGAACCCAGACCAACCUCUACAAUAAUUCCUACAACAACACGCACACCUGCACCAACAACAACAACAACAACACCAGAACCCACACCAACCCCCACAAUAUUUCCUACAACACCCACGACGACAACAGAACCCACAAUAAUUUCUACAACACCCACAACAACAACAGAACCCACAACAACCCCCACAAUAAUUCCUACAACACCUACACCCACAACAACACCGGAAUCCACACCAACCCCCACAAUAUUUCCUACAACAUCCACGACGACAACAGAACCCACAAUAAUUUCUACAACACCCACAACAACAACAGAACCCACAACAACCCCCACAAUAAUUCCUACAACACCUACACCCACAACAACACCGGAAUCCACACCAACCACUACAAUAAUUCCUACAACACCCACACGCACAACAACACCAGAACCCACAACACCCACAAUAAUUCCUACAACACCCACAUCUGCACCAACAAUGCCAGAACCAACAACUCCCACAAUAAUUGCUACAACACCCACACCUGCACCCACAACAACACCAGAACCCACAACAACCCCGACAAUAAAUCUUAAAACAACACCUGCAGCCACAACAGUGCCAGAACCCACAUCAACCCACACAAUAACUCCUACAACACCCAUACCUGCACCAACAACAACAACAAUGCCAGAACCCACAACAACACCCACAAUUAUUCAAACAACAGCACUAACACCUGCAGCCACAACAACGCCAGAACCUACAUCAACCCCCACAAUAAUUCCUACUACAACACCCACAUCUGCGCCCACAACAACCCCCACAUUAAUUCCUACUACAACACCUGCACCAACAACAACACCCGAAUCCACACAAACCCCCACAAUAAUUCCUACAACAACAUCCACACCUGUAGCCACAACAACACCAGAACCCACAACACCCACAAUAAUUCCUACAACACCCACACCUGCACCAACAAUGCCAGAACCAACAACAACCCCCACAAUAAUUCCUACAACCCCCACACCUGCACCCACAACAACACCAGAACCCACAACAACCCUGACAAUAAAUCCUACUACAACACCUUCAGCCACAACAGCGCCAGAACCCACAUUAACCCACACAAUAAUUCCUACUACAACACCUACACCUGCACCCACAACAACACCCGAAUCCCCACAAAAACCCACAAUAAUUCCUACUACAACACCCACACCUGCACCAACAACAACACCAGAACCCACAACAACCCCUCCAAAAAUUCCUACAACAACACCUACACCUGGACCCACAACAACACCCGAAUCCACACAAACCCCCACAAUAAUUCCUACUACAACACCCACACCUGCACCAACAACAACACCAGAACCCACAACAACCCCCACAAUAAUUCCUACAACAACACCUACACCUGGACCCACAACAACACCCGAAUCCACACAAACCCCCACAAUAAUUCCUACUACAACACCCAUACCUGCACCAACAACAAUGCCAGAACCCACAACAACACCCACAAUAAUUCCAACAACAACACCCACACCUGCAGCCACAACAACGCCAGAACCUACAUCAACACCCACAAUAAUUCCAACAACAACACCCACACCUGCAGCCACAACAACGCCAGAACCUACAUCAACCCCCACAAUAAUUCCUACUACAACACCUACACCUGCACCCACAACAACACCUGAAUCCACGCAAACCCCCACAAUAAUUCCUACAACACCCACACCUGCACCAACAACAACACCAGAACCCACAACAACCCCCAUAAUAAUUUCUACAACAACACCUACACCUGCACUCACAACAACACCUGAAUCCACACAAACCCCCACAAUAAUUCCUACUACAACACCCACACCUGCACCAACAACAACACUAGAACCCACAACAACCCCCAUAAUAAUUCCUACAACAACACCUACACCUGGACCCACAACAACACCCGAAUCCACACAAACCCCCACAAUAAUUCCUACUACAACACCCAUACCUGCACCAACAACAAUGCCAGAACCCACAACAACACCCACAAUAAUUCCAACAACAACACCCACACCUGCAGCCACAACAACGCCAGAACCUACAUCAACCCCCACAAUAAUUCCUACUACAACACCUACACCUGCACCCACAACAACACCUGAAUCCACGCAAACCCCCACAAUAAAUCCUACAACACCCACACCUGCACCAACAACAACACCAGAACCCACAACAACCCUCAUAAUAAUUUCUACAACAACACCUACACCUGCACUCACAACAACACCUGAAUCCACACAAACCCCCAUAAUAAUUCCUACAACACCCACAUCUGCACCCACAACAACGCCAGAACUCACAACAACCCCCACAAUAAUUCCUACAACAACACCUACACCUGCACCCACAACAACACCCGAAUCCACAAAAAACCCCACAAUAAUUCCUACUACAACACCCAUACCUGCACCAACAGCAUCGCCAGAACCCACAACAACACCCACAAUAAUUCCAACAACACCCACACCUGCAGCCACAACAACGCCAGAACCUACAUCAACCACCACAAUAAUUCCUACUACAACACCCACACCUGCACUAACAACACCACCAGAACCCACAACAACCCCUACCACACCCACACCUGCACCACCACCAACAACAACAGAACCCACAAUAGUUCCUACAACAACACCUACGACAGUGCCCACAACAUCUUCACCCACAACACCAGAACCCACUCCAACCCCUACAAUAAUUCCUAUGCCAACAUCCACACCUGCAGCCACAACAACACCAGAACCCACAACAACCCCCACAAUAACUCCAAUGCCAACAUCUACACUAACAUCUACAACCACAAUAGCACCCACAGAAGCACCAACCCCUACAAUAACUCAAACAACUCUCACAACAACACAAACAACCCUUACAGCAGCACCUAUAAUGACUCCUACAACUACCAUGAUAACAUCCCAAGCACCAACUACUUUACCACUGAGCAAAAUUCCUCUUCAGUUUUCUUUUCAAGUUGACAGUCCAGCACCAUCUUGUGUUGAGGGUGAAUAUCUGCCACAGUUCCUCUACCCAACACCUCUACACGGAGAACUCUUGCAGGCUCGUGUAAAUCAUGGGUUUGAGUUCAGAGUGAAUGCUUCUGCAUCUUUUUCAAGAGUUAUUGAUGUCAUCAUAAGUGGACCAUUAAACAGCACAAAGACCAAAACUACAACUGGAGAAUAUGUGAUUAACUGGACACCAACUCAAGAAAACUAUGGUCAACACUUUCCAUUUUGCUUCAUUGCAGAAGCCCAACACAUGUCUGAUAUUUACCAGUCUGAGAUGAGGUGCAUUGUUGCAGAGGUCAUUGAUGAAGGACCUGUGGUACAUGUAACCUGCUCCGCAAACUCAAUGUCAGUCACAAUAGUGAGAUCUUCCAUCCAAAACCUCAGGGGUGACCAACUGAGACUGAUAGAUCCGUCUUGUCAGCUUUACUCCAACAGUACUGAUGUGUACGCCAGCACACCGCUUGAUGGAUGUGGCACCACGUUAGAGGAGACAGACAACGAACUCAUCUUUAAGAAUAAAGUCAUUGCAUUUGAUAAUCCCCAGGGCGUUACAUCCAGAAACAACCUAGAACUUGAAAUUAUGUGCGCGUACCAGAAAAACAACAACAUUAGACAGGAGUUUGGUACUCACAAGUCUCCAAUCAGAAUCUCUGAUAAGGGUUUUGGCACAUUGAACUAUCACUUUGAGUUUUACCCAUCUAACAGUUUCCAAAACAUGACAGAUCCAAGUGCCUACCCACUUGAGUAUGAUGUGGGAGAUAUGAUCUACAUGAAGAUCGAGCCUGACUCUCCAGUCCCAGACACUGAGCUGUUUCUUGAGUCCUGUAUGGCUACACCUUAUGAUACUCCCAAUUACCCGGUCUCCUAUCCCAUCAUCACCAAUGGAUGCAACAUGGAUGAAACAGUUCAGUUUUUCUCAAGUCACAAACCAUAUGUUGAGUUUGAAAUGGCGGCCUUCAAAUUCACUGGGUUUCAAGACCAGGUGUUCAUCAGCUGCUCCAUAAUCGUAUGUCAGGCAGGCGUUCCCAACACUCGCUGCUCUCAGGGCUGCAUCAACGGCACUGUCGCUCCACCUUCACACAACAUCAACAAAAGAGACGCCCCCAUCCAGACCAGCAAUCACUUCAUCUCUCAGGGACCCAUACGGCUGAGGAGGAGCCCAUCACAGGUGAACCCGGCAUUGAAUGUAAACCUUGCUGUCGUUGCUGGGUCUCUGCUGGCCAUUACUGCUAUGAUUUGUGGUGUGAUCUUCUACAAAUCCAGGAUCAGAAAUCAAUCCUUGCCAUCACACAACUUUUGAAUGUGUCAGCAUUUUUUCCCAAGGCAUAAUGCAAUAUUUUUUAUGGCGAAAACAGAAUUUAUAAGCUUGUUGGUGUGUUAACAAUAUUUCAUUCUGGUGGAAUGAUCUUCCCGUACCCACACGGACUGCAGAUUCCCUGGUAUCUUUUAAAAGACAACUAAAAACCCAUUCUUUUAUGUGAUCACCUGAACCCUAGUGAAUAAUAUCAAGACCCUUCUUCUCUCCCCUAAUUCCCCAUACAAUAGAAUCUGGAUGCAGACUUGGAUUUGCACGGAGACUGCAUAUAUCAGAGAUGCAAUGUUAGACUCAAUGCACUCAAAAGAGCCAGUGAUGUCAGUGUGAGGGGGGUAGGGUUAGUGGCGGGGUUAGGUGUGCACAUUAAAAAAAGCAUUGCAUGCAGCUCACCUUGCAACUGCACCAAGUCUGCAUACAGAACCCUCUCUCUAAUCACACCAACCCUAAAUUUGAUUCAUUCCGAGUGUGCCUCGCACAGGUGAAUGGUCUUAAUGAACCAACAUGGUAGAAUCAACAUGGGCUCAUUCUAAAAAACGUAUCCCUAUAUACAUUUCUGUGGAUCACGAAUUAUGUAGUCAGAAUACGUAUGGCUGCAUUUCAUCAUUAAAACGAACGCUACGGGGCGGUUUGACGCCGGUCCUUUUUGCGCUAGCAGCAGACCGCUUACCUCGGUAUGGACAGCUUUCCCGCUAUUAUCAGUUUGUCGAGUAGCUCGCCAUGUAUGUCAGCAGACUUGAGACACAGAAAGGAGUUGACCACGACAACGGGGUUUGAAUCCAGC